AUGCAACUAUCAGGUUGGCAUGUAGAAACUCUCCCUCAAUUGGAAGACACCCAGUCCGGUCCCUCCAACGGCCAUACCCUCGGCUUUGUGGCUGACGCGCUUAAUGCAUACUAUAUCGAGCGAGCAUCACGCCAUAAGACCUCCCGAUUUGAAGACCCCGACAAUAAAACGUCCGAGGACGAUACUCCGGAGCACAAUUUAUCCGAUGAUGAGGCCUCCGAUGAUGGGACCUCCGAGAGUGAAGCAUCUAGGGACAAAAUGCCACAGGAUGGGGACGAUCAGGAUGAAGAACUACGGUCCUUUGAUAGUCGUAAUGAAGAGAAUUACGAACUCGAAGACGAGACGAACUCUGACUCCUCCGCGACACGAUACUUUACCUGCCUGCACUGCAGCGUUGUGCGGCCAAUCAAUCUCUCUGACCUUGGGAGCAUAUGUCUUUAUUGCCUCGAGCAGAAGAUGUAUUGCGUGAAAGGCGACCAUGAAAAUUUCGAGUCUGAGUUCUUCGACUCCAACGGUGAUGGGCAUGCAGUUUGCAAACAGUGCCACAUUGUCCCAGAACCCACCUGA